AUGUGUAACUUGGAUAGCGUCCUGAUACUCACGGCCGCGGUUCGAGUUGAAAUUGAUAUAUGUGCCUGCUCGCUCAUUCUUACCAGUGAAGAAAACGUCUCGCUGUCUGUGGUGUUCCUCUUAUCUCCCUUGUUCAUCCGGACCGGUCAGCAAGUGACCUACAUCCUGUCGUGUACGGAAACCCGUACCGGCUUUUAUUUACUCAUUGACCCUUCGUCACAGCAUCCACCUUUUCCACAAAUCAUGUCAUCAAACGAGAUUUGGGCGAAUUUUCUCAUGUUGUGUUUCGUGCAAAAAUUAUUCAGCCUCAGUCCACCACAAUAUAAUUCGGUCGUAUUUUCCACCAAGGAGCAAUAUCCUGUAAAUACAUCGCGCCUAAAUUCCGUCACGCUCGACGCAGACCAUCCAUCUGUGAACUUUGUCCCUUGGUCCCCUUUGAAAUGUACAUCCGUGCGCAGAUCAUUUCACCCAGUCUACAUCUUGGACAGACGGAAGCCGGCACUGACGGACUGCGGUCCAGUGCACGGAUUCCCAUCCGCUAUCACAAAGUUUCCCAGACUGCCCAUUAGUUUUCCCUCAAUCCAGUCUAUCGGUUGGUGGAAGGCUUACAUUUGUAUUCUCCUGUUACUCAUGUCCCAUGUGCCCGCAGCCAGUCUUUCAACUAGCCAAUCCCACCGAUUGCCAAUCGCGUUGGCUCCGGUCAACCUAACUGCGGAUCCCACUCCGCUGAAAGAUGCAAACUCAUACUACGCAGACAUGGUUAUAAUUGAUAUUACCCAGUAUGAGUACCACAAUGCGAAACAGUACCUGAGGGAUAUUCGACAAUUCAAACCACCCAGUCCGGAAUUACCCUGUCGUUACCGGUUUCGUGAGGAUGUGGAAACGAGCGCUUUGCUUGCCGAUUAUGUGAUCAUUGGUUGGCCGCGGCAAGCGUUUCGACGACGUUACGGCCCGCUGUACAACAUCAGUUUGUUAGUCACACAUGUACUCAAGCAGUUGCACCAGCCAUCUCGAGCGAUCUUCCCUAUCCGCGUGGGACAUCUGCUUCGAGUUGGUCAGUUCAGCGUCCUGCCGGAUCCCGGUCGGUGCUGGUUAAACGUGCAACCGGGGCGGGCAUACAUGUUUUUUAUUCGACAACCAGAUUGGUCCGGAUUUUGUCAAAUUUCCCAACUCCCGAUUGAAUAUUCAGAUGAGGCGUACGAACGGGUGAUCAGUGUACUGACACACGGAGGUGAGUUGUUUGUUUGCCGGGGAAACUUACGAAAUGUGUGUAUUUUUGCCGUGUUUGAUGAAUGA